AUGGGGUGGCUCGGUAUCCCGGAAAGUCGAUUUUUUCGCGAAAUCGUCAAGGUUCGGGAGGUGAUGGAUGCUCUCUCGGAGCAUGUUAUUAAGGAAGGUUUUCGCCUUACUGGAAUCGUCCCUAUUGAUGCGCAAUUAGCCAUGGAGCAAGAGAUCAGAGAUGCUAAUGAUGAGACUAAUGAUAUAUGGGUCGACGGCUUUCCUGAUAGAGAUGGAGACGGACAUGAAGCUCAAGACCGCGAGCUCGCUAGCUCUAUCACUAUGUCACCGCCGCGAGACGUUCUAGACACGAGAUCGACGUCUCAGAAGCUUCUCAAUGAUAUCGCCGCUGCUCGACGCCGUUUAGCUACCCUUUAG